AUGCGUCCAAGCCAGGCUUCCGCCCCGAGUCUUUCGCUCCUAUACACUUCAUUCCAACCCCGCCCCGAGGAGGACACUGCCAACAAUAACAACAACCAUCCCUACAACUUCAAAGAGUAUUAUUGUUCUACAACUUCAGCUCCGACCAGUCCACUCAGCUCUACAUCCACAAUAACAAGCUCUAGCCCAACACUUUCCUCAUCACCGACCUCUCCAUCUUUAUCACCAACUUCUCUUCACCAUAUCCGCAACCCCCGCUCAAUAUCCGAUAAACUCAACCCCUCCAGCCCCAGCUACAACCACAACCAUGGCACAGGAAUUAUCCUACGUCGCCGCCCUUCAAAUAUCGAUACAGCCCUCAGACAAGAGCGCUCACGAGCUAGUCUCAAUACAAUCGAGAGACAGGGCCUUGAUCUUCUAGAACCGCGCCCCGUGGAUCUAGAUACCGUCGGGAUUAAUACCCAGAUGCAGUUACAUACCUCACAGACCCGGCUUCCGGUCCAUGAUUGCCGAGAUCAUGGUCGGCUGUCAUCUGGCUCACAGGAGGGCCUGGAUAGAGUACGGCUCUCCCAACCGAAGUUUGUUAUGGGUGGGAUAUUUGAAGUGAUGGAAGGGAGCGGGUAA